AUGGCAUUCUCUUCAAAUACGUCCAAGGCUAAGGCCAAGGCCACAGUCAACAAGCUCUUUGAAAGCAUGCUUCCCGGAACGGCCUUGACAAGUCUGGGAAAACAAGGUGCUUCCGCCACAGAGAAAUUUGCAAGAGAAAUUUCAAAGAAAAGACUAUCCAAGGAAGAGAUCAGAAAAGCAAACAAGGCGGAAAAAGUCAAGCAGAACAAGGUUAUCAACAAAAAGCUUGAAUCUGACAAAAAGUUCCAGAAACUUGUCAAAUACCAGGUCAUCAAAUCGCACAAAUCCACCGAGAAUCUCUCGCCUGAAGAACAGAAAUACUUGAAGAAGCUAAUAAAGAAGAAUUCCAAUGCCGUUAAAAGAGCUGGCGGAGUGGAUGAUCCUUUCGUUCAGGAAGAAAUCGAAGACUUGCGAAAGGAAAUCUUGGAAUUGUCCAACGAAAAGUACAAAAAGUCAAAGGAGAGAAAGCUCGAUGCCAAAUUGGAGUCCUUCAACCACAGAUUGCACAAGAAAGAAUACAAGGAGACGGAUGCUCCAGGAUUGACGCCUGGUUUGGCUCCUGUUGGAUUCGACGAGUCUGACGAUGAGUAA